AUGAGCUCGUAUCGAACGGACCUGCGACCAAAAAUGCAGCAAAGGAGAGCGAUUGCUGGAGCACUGGGAAUGAACACGGAGCAGGUAGUCAACUGGUUCAAAAAGCAGCAUCUACGAGAGACUCGCAAAGCAGCAGGACAGCUAGCUAAUUGCAUGUCCACAAGUGCGCAAUAUGCAGAGUUGAGGCAGAAAUUUGAAGCCAAUCCACGGCCGAAGUGCAAGGAGAUUAUCCGAAAAAGAAGCAAUACAUUUUCCAAAUCAUGUUGUACCGAUUUUCCGUUUUCAACGCUAACAGUAAGGAUCCUCACACUUUGA